UGGGUUAUCCGGGGUUUGAGAUACGAACACACUGUUUUCUAGAUCGGUCAGUAUGUAUGUUUAUAAUUAUCUACUUUUUGGAGUGUUCUUCUGUGUCCUAUCAGAUCUAGAAGGAACGGUCACUGAACAGUCGCCAGGAGGCCAUUUUGCUGUGACGCGGAAGUUCAUUUCCGUCAGUGCUGGAGACGACACCUACUUCGGGGAUUUGUCUUUAAGUUCAAGAAGGUUCACACCCGUGUUACGUAGAUUGGAAAGUGAUAUGAUGUUUGACGUGUCCCUCUACGACCGAAUCACUAUCGAGGAGAAUAAAGAGUUCGAGGUUUAUGACGAGGGAGCAACCAACGUGGUGUCAGGAAAUAAGGUUCUACUGUGGGUCUUCGAUCAUUCAUCUGUUCAAUUCCGUAACGCCAUGUCCUUGAUGUUUGGUAAUGAACAGGAUUUUUCGAGGUUCAUGCAUUCUUUGCAUCAGUACACGGGCAGUUGAAAAAAGUCGAGACCAAUUAAAUUUUGUCUUUAAUGAGUGACUUCUUGCUCCUAUUUCUGUAAUAAACAUUUCCCCUUAAUUA